AUGGGUGUCGGCGGGAGGAAGCUGGCCCCACUCUGGGCCCUGGCCCUCACCCUGGCCUGUGCCCAGCACACAGGCCAGGCCCAGGAUGGCUCUGUGGAACAUGGCCACAGGUCCCCAGACCUUCCCGUCCCCCAGGAGCUUGGUGCCCGCAUUCCUGCAGGCCACCCGCUCCGUGGGAUGACCUUCCUGCCCCCUCUGAGGACAGCCCCAGUGGUGCGAGCCCGGAACCCCGCGCACAACGGGCGCGUGUGUAGUGCCUGGGGCGACUUCCACUACAAGACCUUUGACGGCGACGUCUUCCGCUUCCCGGGCCUGUGCAACUACGUCUUCUCGGCGCACUGCGGCGCCGCCUACGAGGACUUCAACGUCCAGCUGCGCCGCGGCCAGGCGUCCAACGCCACCACGGUCAUCAGCGUCACCAUGAAGCUUGAUGGCAUGGUCGUCCAGCUGACCAAGAGCUCCAUCCUGGUCAACGGCCGCCCAACUCAGCUGCCCUUUAGCCAGUCCGGGGUCCUCAUUGAGUUCAGCAGCAGCUACUUGAAGGUGGUGGCCAAGCUGGGCCUGGUCUUCAUGUGGAGCCAAGAUGACAGCCUCCUGCUGGAGCUGGACCCCAAGUACGCCAACCAGACCUGUGGGCUCUGUGGAGACUUCAGUGGCCAGCCAGUGUUCAAUGAGUUCUUCUCCCACGGUGUCAAGCUAACCCCCAUCGAGUUUGGGAACCUGCAGAAGAUGGACGGCCCCACGGAGCAGUGUCAGGACCCUGUCCUUGUACCCCUGAGGGACUGCUCCCCUGGCACUGGCAUCUGCGAGGAGAUCCUGAGUAGCUGGAUGUUCUCGGGCUGCCGCGCUCUGGUGGACGCCCGCAGCUACGUGCAGGCCUGCCGGCAGGACCUCUGCCUCUGUGAGAACGCUACCCACGCCAGCUGCAUCUGCCACACGCUCGCCGAGUACUCCCGCCAGUGCGCCCACGCUGGGGGGCAGCCCCUGGACUGGAGGGGCCCCCACCUCUGCCCCCAGACCUGCCCCCUCAACAUGGAGUAUCACGAGUGCGGCUCGCCCUGUGCGGACACCUGCUCCAACCUGGAGCACUCCCAGCUCUGCGAAGACCACUGUGUGGCCGGCUGCUUCUGCCCCGAGGGGAUGGUGUUGGAUGACCUCGGCCAGGCCGGCUGCAUCCCUGCAACCCAGUGCUCCUGUGUGUACAACGGGGCCGUCUACGCUCCAGGAGCCAGCUAUGCCACAGACUGCACCAACUGCACCUGCUCCGGGGGCCAGUGGAGCUGCCAGGAGCUGCCGUGCCCGGGCACCUGCUCAGUGCUGGGGGGCCCCCACUUCUCCACGUUUGACGAGAGGCAGUACACAGUGCACGGGGACUGCAGCUACGUGCUGGCCAAGCCCUGUAAGAGCAGUGCCUUCACUGUGCUGGCCGAGGUGCGCAGGUGUGGCCGGACAGACACUGAGACCUGCCUGAGGAGCCUGACGCUGAGCCUGGGCGGGGGGCACACGGUCAUCACGGUCAAGGCCAGCGGGGAGGUGUUUGUGAACCAGAUCUACACCCAGAUGCCCAUCUCAGCAGCCAACGUCACGCUCUUCAGACCCUCAACCUUUUUCAUCGUCGCCCAGACCAACCUGGGCCUGCAGUUGAGUAUCCAGCUGGUGCCUAUGAUGCAGGUGUUCGUGAGGCUGGGGCCCGAGCUCCGCGGGCUGACCUGCGGCCUGUGCGGGAACUUCAACCAGAACCAGGCCGAUGACUUCCGGACCCUCAGCGGCGUGGUGGAGGGCACGGCCGCUGCCUUCGCCAACACCUGGAAGACCCAAGCCACCUGCCCCAACGUCAAGAACAGCUUCGAGGACCCCUGCUCCCUCAGCGUGGAGAACGCCCCCAGGAUGGGUGCCCCAAGCGGGUGCCUGGUGCUGGCCUGGGCCCUCACAGCCCUGCUCUUGGUGCAGAAGACAGAGACCCAGGGCAGCGUGGAGCCCAGCCAGGCCAGCACAGAGGCUGCCACGCACAGUCAGAGGGCGGACGUCGCUUGGAGCGUGACCGUCAUCCCGCCCAUCACCGUCUUGCCCACCAUAAGCUGUGAGUGGACGCUGCCCACUGCUGACGGGGUGGGGGUGGGGGCUCACAGAUCUGGGGGGGACGGCUGCCCGCGGGUGGCUGGGCGAGGCUGGUGGCAUCUGCCGGGGCCCCAGCACGCUCUCCCCACAGCCCGGAACCCCGCGCACAACGGGCGCGUGUGUAGCACCUGGGGCGACUUCCACUACAAGACCUUCGACGGCGACGUCUUCCGCUUCCCGGGCCUGUGCAACUACGUCUUCUCGGCGCACUGCGGCGCCGCCUACGAGGACUUCAACAUCCAGCUGCGCCGCGGCCAGCCCGGCUCCAGGCCCACCAUCACCCACAUCAUCCUCAACACGCAGGGGCUGGUGCUGGAGGCCUCCAACGGCUCCAUCCUCAUCAAUGGGCAGCGGGGGGAGCUGCCCUACAGCCGCGCGGGCCUGCUGGUGGAGCAGAGCAGCAUCUACGUCAAGGUCACUGUCCGGCUGAUGCUGACUUUCAUGUGGAACAGAGAGGGCAGUGCCCUGCUGGAGCUGGACCCCAAGUACGCCAACCAGACGUGUGGUCUGUGCGGGGACUUCAACGGGCUCCCGGCGGUCCAAGAGUUCUACUCCCAUAACGCCAGGCUGACCCCUCUGCAGUUCGGGAAUCUACAGAAGCUGGACGGGCCCACAGAGCAGUGCCAGGACCCCCUGCCUUCCCCGGCCAGCAACUGCACAGACGGGGAGGGCAUCUGCCACCGCACCCUAUUCGGCCGGGCCUUUGCGGGGUGCAACAAGCUGGUGGACCCCGCCGCGUAUGUGGCCGCCUGCACCCAGGACCUGUGUCGCUGCCCCACCUGCCCCUGUGCCACCUUCGCAGAGUACUCCCGCCAGUGCGCCCACGCGGGGGGACAGCCCCAGAACUGGAGGGCCCCGGACCUCUGCCCCCAGACCUGCCCCCUCAACAUGCAGCACCAUGAGUGCGGCUCGCCCUGCGUGGACACCUGCUCCAACCCCCAGCGCUCCCAGCUCUGCGAGGACCACUGCGUGGACGGCUGCUUCUGCCCCCCAGGCAGGUCCUGCACGGUGCUGGAUGACGUCACCCACAGGGGCUGCCUGCCCCUAGAACAGUGCCCCUGCACCCACGGCGGCCACACCUACGCCCCGGGGGCCUCCUUCACCACCAUCUGCAGCGCCUGCACCUGCUCCGCGGGGCUGUGGCAGUGCCAGAACCUUCCGUGCCCUGGCACCUGCUCUGUCCAGGGUGGGUCCCACAUCUCCACCUAUGACGAGAGGCUCUACGACGUGCACGGAGACUGCAGCUAUGUCCUGUCCAAGACGUGUGCCGGGAACAGCUUCAGCGUGCUGGCCGAGCUGCGCAAGUGUGGCCUGACGGACAACGAGAACUGCCUCAAAUCAGUGGCGCUGAGCAUGAAUGGCGGGGACACGAUCAUCCAGAUCCAGGCCAACGGCGGAGUGUUCCUGAACUCCAUCUACACGCAGCUGCCUAUGUCAGCAGCCAACAUCACGAUCUUCAGGCCCACCUCCUUCUUCGUCCUGGUGCACACGGGCCUUGGGCUGCAGCUGCAGGUGCAGCUGGUACCACUCAUGCAGCUGUUCCUCAGGCUGGAGCCCUCCUACCACGGACAGAUGUGCGGCCUGUGCGGGAACUUCAACCAGAACCAGGCCGAUGACUUCCGGACCCUCAGCGGCGUGGUGGAGGGCACGGCCGCCGCCUUCGCCAAUACCUGGAAGACCCAGGCCGCGUGCCCCAACGUCAAGAACAGCUUCGAGGACCCCUGCUCCCUCAGCGUGGAGAACGAGAACUACGCCCAGCACUGGUGCUCCUUGCUGACCGACCCGGCGGGAGCCUUCUUCCGCUGCCACUCUGUCCUCAACCCCGCGCCCUUCUACUCGAACUGCAUGUUUGACACGUGUAACUGUGAGAAGAGCGAGGACUGUCUGUGCGCGGCCCUGUCCUCCUACGUGCACGCCUGCGCCGCCAAGGGGGUGCUGCUCAGCGGCUGGAGGGACGGCGUGUGCACCAAGUAUGUGAGCAGCUGCCCCAAGUCCCAGCACUACAGCUAUGUGGCACACGGCUGCCAGCCCUCCUGCCGCGCUCUGAGCCAGGUGGACGUCACCUGCGGCAUCUCCUUCGUGCCGGUGGACGGAUGCAUCUGCCCCCCGGGCACCUUCCUGGACGACUCGGACUCCUGCGUGUCUGCCGACGCCUGCCCCUGCUACUUCCGUGGCUCUGUGGUGGCUCCGGGGGACGUGGUGCAUGACAACGGCGUGGUCUGCUCGUGUGCGGGUGGGAAGCUGAGUUGUCUGGGAGCGGCGGAGCAGAAGAGCUCAGGGUGUGCGGCCCCCAUGGUGUACCUGGACUGCAACAAUGCCUCGGCGGGCAUGCCCGGGGCUGAGUGUCUCAGGAGCUGCCACACGCUGGACGUGGACUGUUUCAGCACCCACUGCGUGUCUGGCUGCGUCUGCCCCCCGGGGCUGGUGUCGGACGGGAGUGGGGGCUGCGUGGCCGAGGAGGACUGCCCCUGUCUGCACAAUGAGGCCACCUACAAGCCCGGGGACACCAUCAGGGUUGACUGUAACAUCUGCACGUGCAGGAACCGCAGGUGGGAGUGCAGCCGCAAGCCCUGCCUGGGCACCUGCGUGGCCUACGGGGACGGCCACUUCAUCACCUUCGAUGGGGAGCGGUACAGCUUCGAGGGGAGCUGUGAGUACACACUGGCCCAGGACUACUGUGAGGGCAACGGCACCGCCAACGGCACCUUCCGCGUGGUCACCGAGAACGUCCCCUGCGGGACCACGGGCGUCACUUGCUCCAAGGCCAUCAAGCUGUUCCUGGAGCUGGCCCCUCUAGUCCCUGCAACCACUACCUCCGUGUGCCCUCUGCAGAACUAUGAGCUGGUCUUGCAUGAGGGCACCUACAAGGUGGUGCAGUGGGGCCUGGGCGGGAACCUGCCCUACAAGGUCCGGUACAUGGGCAUCUACCUGACCGUGGAGACUCACAGUGGCCUGGUGCUGUCCUGGGACCGGAAGACAAGCCUGUUCAUCCGACUGCAGCAGGACUACAAGGGCCGGGUCUGCGGGCUGUGUGGGAACUUUGACGACAACGCCGUCAAUGACUUCACCACGCGGAGCCAGUCCGUGGUGAGCAGCGCCCUGGAGUUCGGCAACAGCUGGAAGUUCUCCCCAUCCUGCCCCGACGCCCCGGCCCCCAGGGACCCCUGCACCGCCAACCCGUACCGCAAGUCCUGGGCCCAGAAGCAGUGCAGUAUCAUCAACAGCGCCACCUUCGCCACCUGCCACGCCCACGUCGACCCCGCCAAGUACUACGAGGCCUGCGUGGGUGACGCGUGCGCCUGUGACUCGGGGGGUGAUUGUGAGUGUUUCUGCACGGCAGUGGCUGCCUAUGCCCAGGCCUGCCACGACGUGGGCGUGUGCGUGUCCUGGCGGACCCCGGACAUCUGCCCCCUGUUCUGUGACUACUACAACCCCGAGGGCCGGUGCGAGUGGCACUACCUGCCAUGUGGGGCGCCCUGCAUGAGGACCUGCCGGAACCCGAGCGGCCGCUGUCAGCACGACCUGCCGGGCCUGGAAGGCUGCUACCCGAAGUGCCCGCCCAGCGAGCCGUUCUUCAGUGAGGCCCAGAUGAAGUGCGUGGCCCAGUGCGGGUGCUAUGAUGAGGACGGGAACUACCACGAUGUGGGUGCCAAGGUCCCCGCGGCAGAGAACUGCCAGAGCUGUGAAUGCAGUGCUGGCGGCCUCCGGUGCACACACAGCCUUGCAGCCUGCACCUGCGUCUACGAGGGCAGGACCUACCAUUACGAGGACGUCAUCUACAACAUGACCGACGGGCUCGGCGCCUGCUUGGUAGCCACCUGCGGACACAAUGGAACGAUCCUGCGCAGGGCUGUGGAAUGUCCUGGAACCCCGUCCAUAACCCCGCCCAUCACCUCCACCACUGCCGCGGCCACGCUCUCCUCGACAGGCUCAGUCCCCACCGUCUCCACCGUGUGUGUGUAUGAGCUCUGCCUCUGGUCCGACUGGUUCGACGGCGGCCCCCCAGAGCCUGGCAUGGCAGGUGGGGAUUUUGAGACGUUUGUGGACCUGAGGCAGAGGGGCUACCAGGUGUGCCUGGCCCCGGCGAGCAUCGAGUGCCGGGCACAGAAGCUCCCCGACACCCCGCUGCAGCAGCUGGGCCAGAAGGUGAAGUGCGAUGUGGCCCGGGGGCUGACCUGCCUCAACAGAGAGCAAAGCCCCCCGCUCUGUCACAACUAUGAGCUGCGGGUCCUCUGCUGUGACUACCUGCCCUGCGGCACCUCCCCUGGGGCCACCACCUGGCAGCCACCGGCCAGGUCCCUGUCCACCCCCGCCACGCAGACCCCACCUGCAGAGCCCACCACGAUAGGAAGCCUGGCGCCAAGCAGCUCCCUGGCCUUGACCACCACCUCCUGCCGGCCCCGGUGUCAGUGGACGGAGUGGUUCGACGAGGACUACCCCAAGUCUGAGGAGGCUGGGGGGGACAUCGAGUCGUAUGACAAGAUUAGGAGCGCGGGAGGGGCCGUGUGUGAGCAGCCUCUGGACAUAGAGUGCCAGGCCGAGAACUUCCCUGGCAGGAGCCCUGCGGAGCUGGGCCAGCGUGUGCUCUGUGACGCCAGCUUCGGCCUGGUAUGCAGGAACGAGGAGCAGGUGGGCCUGUUCAGGAUGUGCUACAACUACAGGAUCCGUGUGCUCUGCUGCAGCCACGACCACUGCACGGAGCCCACCACCGGGCCACGGACGCAGACCACCGUGCAGAGAACCACAGGGGGCCCCUCCAGGGCGACCCUACCUAUCCACACGACUUCUGCAGUGAUGGGAGCCACAACAGGCACUGUGGCCACCAGCCCCCCAUCCACCCCACCCACAGAGAUGCGCACGACCACAGCAAGGACAUCACUGGGAGCCCUGGGAACCACCACGCAGGGCACGACGGGCUGUCAGCCCCAGUGCGAGUGGACAGACUGGUUUGACGUGGACUUCCCAACCUCAGGGGUCGAGGGUGGGGACCUGGAGACCUUUGACAACAUCAGGGCUGCUGGGGGCAUGCUGUGCGAGGAGCCCCAGAAGAUCGAGUGCCGUGCAGAGAACUACCCUGAGGUCAGCAUCGACCAGAUCGGACAGGUGCUGAGCUGCAGCCUGCACGUGGGGCUGGUGUGCAAGAACGAGGACCAGAAGGGGCCUUUCAACAUGUGCUUCAACUACAACAUCCGUGUGUUCUGCUGCCACCCAACCCCACACUGCCCCAACACUGGGGGCCCCACGUCGCCAACCACAGCGUCUGGCCAGACCCAUGCCUCCUCCCCUAGGACCACCCUGAGGGUCACUAGCCCCAGAUCCCUGACAGGCCCCUCCUCCCCUGGGACCACGCUGAGGAUCACUAGCCCCACCUCCCAGACAGGCCCCCGCUCCCCUGGGACCACCCUGAGGGUCACUAGCCCCACCUCCCAGACAGGACCCUCCUCCCCUGGGACCACCCUGAGGGUCACUAGCCCCACCUCCCAGACAGGACCCUCCUCCCCCGGGACCACCCUGGGGGUCACUGGCCUCACCUCCCAGAUAACGCUUGCUACGCCUGCCAGGACCACAGAGAGGGUCUCCAGCCCCAGUCCCUCUGCCUCCCUGAGGACCCCGAUGGCCACCACCAAGCCCACCUCACCCAGUGCACCCACCACAGUCCCCGUGGUGACCUCCAGCACGUGGAUCCCCCCAAGGUCCACGCCCAGCACGGCCACCCUCGGGACCACGCUGCUCUCCACGGUCCCACCGCCCAGCUCCACCACGCACUCCCUGGCCACCUCGUCCUCCACGGGCUGCAGCCUUCGGUGCACGUGGACAGACUGGUUCGACGAGGACUACCCCAUACCGGGCCUGGAUGGCGGGGACUUCGAGACCUUCUCGGUUUUCCGCUCAGCGGGGCACGACUUCUGCCAGCGCCCCCGGGACAUCCAGUGCCGAUCGGAAAAGGCACCGGACGCGCGUCUGGAGGACUUGGGCCAGGUGGUCCAGUGCAACGUGAGCUUCGGGCUGGUGUGCCGCAACCGUGAGCAGCCGGGGCCCCUGCCCUACUGCCACAACUACCACGUGCGCAUUCUCUGCUGUGAGGAUGCUGGCCACUGCACCAGCACCACGGCCACGGGGGCCACCACGCCGUCCCCAGCGACGCCCACCACGGGGGCCACCACGCCAUCCCCAGGCACGCCCACCACGGGGACCACCACAGCGUCCCCAGCGACGCCCACCCUGGGUGCCACCACGCCGUCCCCAGCGACGCCCACCACGGGGGCCACCACGCCAUCCCCAGUGAUGCCCACCACGGGUGCCACCACGCCGUCCCCAGGUACGCCCACCACGGGGGCCACCACGCCGUCCCCAGUGACACCCACCACAGGGGCCACUGCUCUGUCCCCAGGCACACCCACCACGGGGGCCACCACGCCAUCCCCAGGCACGCCCACCACGGGGGCCACCACGCCGUCCCCAGCCACGCCCACCACGGGGGCCACCACGCCGUCCCCAGCCACGCCCACCACGGGGGCCACCACGCCGUCCCCAGUGACGCCCACCACGAGGGCCACGACACCAUUCCACUCCAUGCCCGUCAUCCCGGUCUCCACGGCCUCCACACUCAGCCCCCACAGCAGUGCGUCCACACCCUGGCACUCCAAGACCUCGCCCGGACUCCCCAGUGCCGUGCCCAGCACAGCCCCAGCAGCCUCCAGCACAGGGCCCAGCCCCAGAGCCUCCCUAUCACCCCCCACGUCCACGGCCUGUGAGCCCCGCUGUGCCUGGACGGACUGGCUAGACGAGAGCUACCCGGUGCCGGGGGCCUCUGGUGGGGACUUCGAGACCUACGCCAACCUCCGGGCCAUGGGCAAAGCCAUCUGCAAGCAGCCGCUGGAGCUGCAGUGCCGGGCAGAGGGGCGGCCAGAGACGCCCCUGCAGGAGCUGGGCCAGGUGGUGCGCUGCAGCCUGGAGGAUGGCCUGGUGUGCCGCAAUCAGGACCAGGCCGGCCCGUUCAAGAUGUGCCUCAACUACCACAUCCGCGUGCUCUGCUGUGAGGACUACAGCCACUGCCCCAGCACCCUGGCCACCACCGUGGUCAGCUCGCAGGGCACCAGCCCAGGUCUGACCCCCAUGCUGGCCACCAGCACCAUGGCAUCCAGUCCUAUGGCCCCCAGCACCGGCCAGACUGCGGCCACCUCCACGUGCCAGCCCACCUGCCACUGGACCACCUGGCUGGACAGUGACCAGCCCCUGCCCGGCCGCUACGGGGGUGACAUCGAGACCUACUACCACAUCCAGGAUGCUGGCAGCCAGCUCUGUGCGGAGCCCGAGGCCAUCGAGUGCCAGGCUGUGCUCUACCCAAACGUGCCCGUGAGGCGGCUGGGCCAGGACGUGCGGUGUGACGUGAACUACGGGCUCAUCUGUAGGAACAACUGGCAGAAGGGGGGCCGCACCUGCCUCAACUACCACAUCCGCGUGCUCUGCUGUGAGGACAAGAGCCCCUGUACCAGCUCCCCGGCCACGGAGCCCACCAGCACCAGCACUCGACAAAGGUCAUCGGGGGUCACUGGGCUGUGGGCCACGACCACCCACCCCCCUUCCCCUGGGACCACCCUGGGGGUCACUAGCCUCACCUCCCAGACAGGACGCUCCUCGCCUGGGGCCACCCUGAAGGUCACUAGCCCCACCUCCCAGACAGGACACUCUUCCCCAGGGACCACCCUGGGGGUCACUAACCCCACCUCCCAGCCAGGACCCUCCUCCCCCGGGACCACCCUGCGGGUCACUAGCCUCACCUCCCUGACAGGACCCUCCUCCCCCGGGACCACCCGGGGGGUCACUAGCCCCACCUCCCAGACUGGACCUUCUCCCACAGGGACCAUCGAGAGGGUCCCGAGCUCCACCUCCCAGACAGGACCCUCCUCCCCUGGGACUACCCUGAGGGUCACUAGCCUCACCUCCCAGACAGGACCCUCUUCCCCGGGGACCACCCUUGGGGUCACUAGCCUCACCUCCCAGACAGGACCCUCUUCCCUGGGGACCACCAUGAGGGUCACUAGCCCCAGAUCCCUGACAGGCCCCUCCUCCCCUGGGACCACGCUGAGGAUCGCUAGCCCCACCUCCCAGCCAGGCCCCUCCUCCCCCGGGACCACCCUGGGGGUCACUAGCCCCACCUUCCAGACAGGACCCUCCUCCCCCGGGACCACCCUGAGGGUCACUAGCCCCACCUCCCAGCCAGGACCCUCCUCCCCUGGGACCACCCUGAGGGUCACUAGCCCCAGCUCCCAGACCGGACCUUCCUCCCCCGGGACCACCCUGGGGGUCACUAGCCCCACCUCCCAGACAGGCCCCUCCUCCCCCGGGACCACCCUGGGGGUCACUAGCCUCACCUCCCAGAUACCCCACCACGCCGUCCCCAGCGACGCCCACCACGGGGGCCACCACGCCGUCCCCUCCCCCGGGACCACCCUGAGGGUCACUAGCCCCACCUCCCAGACAGGACCCUCUUCCCCGAAGACCACCCUGGGGGUCACUAGCCUCACCUCCCAGACCGGACCUUCUUCCCCUGGGACCACCCUGAGGGUCACUGGCCCCACCUCCCAGACAGGACCCUCCUCCCCUGGGACCACCCUGAGGGUCACUAGCCCCACCUCCCAGACAGGACCCUCCUCCCCUGGGACCACCCAGGGGGGUCCUGUCUCCACCACCCAGAUGCUUGCUACGCCUGCCAGGACCACAGAGAGGGUCUCCAGCCCCAGUCCCUCUGCCUCCCUGAGGACCCCGACGGCCACCACCAAGCCCACCUCACCCAGUGCACCCACCACAGUCCCCGUGGUGACCUCCAGCACGUGGAUCCACCCAGGGUCCACGCCCAGCACGGCCACCCUCGGGACCACGCUGCUCUCCACGGUCCCGCCGCCCAGCUCCACCACGCACUCCCUGGCCACCUCGUCCUCCACGGGCUGCAGCCCACGGUGCACGUGGACAGACUGGUUCGACGAGGACUACCCCAUACCGGGCCUGGAUGGCGGGGACUUCGAGACCUUCUCGGUUUUCCGCUCAGCGGGGCACGACUUCUGCCAGCGCCCCCGGGACAUCCAGUGCCGAUCGGAAAAGGCACCGGACGCGCGUCUGGAGGACUUGGGCCAGGUGGUCCAGUGCAACGUGAGCUUCGGGCUGGUGUGCCGCAACCGUGAGCAGCCGGGGCCCCUGCCCUACUGCCACAACUACCACGUGCGCAUUCUCUGCUGUGAGGACGCUGGCCACUGCACCAGCACCACGGCCACGGGGGCCACCACGCCGUCCCCAGUGACACCCACCACGGGGGCCACCACACCAUCCCCAGCGACGCCCACCACGGGGGCCACCACGCCGUCCCCAGUGACGCCCACCACGGGGGCCACCACGCCGUCCCCAGGCACGCCCACCACGGGGGCCACCACGCCGUCCCCUGGCACGCCCAGCAUGGGGGCCACCACGCCGUCCCCAGCGACGCCCACCACGAGGGCCACCACGCUGUCCCCUGGCACGCCCACCAUGGGGGCCACCACACCGUCCCCAGCGACGCCCACCACAGGGGCCACCACGCCAUUCCACUCCAUGCCCAUCAUCCAGGUCUCCACGGCCUCCACACUCAGCCCCCACAGCAGUGCGUCCACACCCUGGCACCCCAAGACCUCGCCUGGACUCCCCAGUGCCGUGCCCAGCACAGUCCUGGCCACCUCCAGCACAGGGCCCAGCCCCAGAGCCUCCCUAUCACCCCCCACACCCGCGGCCACCAGCUCUCCGCCCGGCACCACCUUGGGCCUCUCCACGGCCACCUCCAGGGCCACGGCUACCCACACCUUGCCACCAGUGACAGUGACUACGGCGUCCACAUCUGUCUUCAGCACCACGGGGACCCCCGUGUCCCCCCGCUUGAACUUCACCACCCGCUGCCUCUGCCGGGCGUUGGGGCAGCUCUUCUCACCUGGGGACGUGGUCUACAAUAAGACAGACGGUGCGGGCUGCUCCUUCUAUGCCAUCUGCAACCAGCACUGUGACAUUGACCGCUUCCAGGACACCUGCCCCACCUCUUCGCCCCCAGAGUCCUCUUCGGCCCCCAUGACCUCGCCCUCCCAGCCUGAGGGCUGCAACCUCAUCGUCCCUCCCCGAAAGGUGAACGAGUCCUGGACCCUGUCAGACUGCACGGUGGCUCGGUGUGAGGGCCACAACCGCGUGGUCCUGCUGGGGCGGAGGCCAGUGGCCAGCAUCCACUGCGUGAACGGACACCCUCCGGUCAAAGUGUCACAGGAGAGCGAGCCAUGUGACUUCCACUUUGAGUGCGAGUGUAAGUGGUGGCGGGGUGAGGGGUGGCCGCUCUGGGCAGAGGGCAUCGGCUCCUGCAGUGGCUGGGGGGACUCGUACUACACCACCUUCGACGGCACUUCCUACUCCUUUCGGGACAACUGCACCCACGUGCUCAUGAAGGAGAUCCGCCCACGCUACGGGAACCUCAGCAUCUACAUGGACAACUACUACUGCGGGCCCACCAGGGCCACCACGGCCUCCGCCCACUGUCCCCGUGCCCUCAGCCUCCACUACAAGUCCAUGGAGGUCAUCCUCACCACCAGCACCGGCACACGCGGGCAGGAGCAGAGCCUGAUCCUGUUCGACCAAAUCCCAGUGAGCUUGGGCUUCAGCAAGAAUGGCGUGAGUGUGUCGGUGACAGGGACGACCACGAUGAGCAUCGACAUCCCUGCCAUUGGUGUGAACAUCACCUUCAACGGGCACAUCUUCCACAUCCAGCUGUCCUACAACCGCUUCAGCCACAACACCGAGGGCCAGUGCGGCACCUGCACCAACAGCCAGACGGACGACUGCCGCCAGCCCGACGGCACCAUGGCCCCCACCUGCCAAGACAUGGCCCACCGCUGGCUGGUCCCCGAGAGAGGCCGGGAGGCCUGCUGGACACCUACCCGCCCACCCCCGACGGCUGGCCCCGUGCCCUCAGCACCCAGCACGCCCGCCUCCUCCCCGUGCCCCCCCGCACCCCUCUGCGAACUGCUGCGGAGCCCGCUCUUCGCAGAGUGCCACGCCCUCAUCCCACCCGACCCGUUCGUCAGCUCCUGCAUCAGUGACAGCUGCCAGGCCGACCGCCCCGGGGCGCCCUGCCAGAGCCUGGAGGCCUACGCGGCGCUCUGCCGCGCCCGGGGCGCCUGCAGCAACUGGCGGAACGCCACCAGCGGGCUGUGCGACUUCACCUGCCCCCCCGACAAGGUGUACCAGCCCUGUGGCCCUGCACAGCCCACGACCUGCGACUCCAGGAGCCAGAGCAGAGUGGGCAGGGGGCUGGUAGAAGGCUGCUUCUGCCCCGACGGACACACCCUCUUCAACACACACACGAAUGUCUGCGUGCGCGAGUGCGCCUGUGUGGGACCAGAUGGGUUUCCCAAAUCCCCUGGGGAGCGGUGGGUCAGCAACUGCCAGGACUGUGAGUGCCAUGAGGGCUCCAUGUCAGUGCAGUGCGCCCCCGUGCAGUGCGAGGCCCCGGAGCGGCCCCCGCAGUGCUACCGGGCGGGCUUUGUGGCUGAGACCAGGCCUCUGGCCAACAACUCAUGCUGUCUGCAGAUGCUGUGCGUCUGCAACACAACCACCUGCCCCCAGAGCCCACCCAAAUGUGAGCUGGGAGAGGAGCUGAUCCGCACCCAGGAGGAGGGUGAUUGCUGCCCCAACUUCAUCUGCCGACCUCGGCUGUGUUACCACAAUCACACCGCCUAUGGGGUCGGUGCAACCUUCCCAUCCGUCACUCCCUGCCACACGUGCACCUGCCUGUCUGGGGACCCCCAGGGCCCAAUCGUGCAGUGUGAGGAGGACACCUGUAACACUACCUGCCGCCAGGGCUACGAGUACUGGAAGGUGGCCGGACAAUGCUGUGGGGAGUGCGUGCAGACAGCUUGUCCCACGGAGGACGGCUGGCUGGUCCAGCCCAACAAGACCUGGGUCAACAACCUCGUGGACAACUGCACGGAGUACCGCUGUGAGGUCAAGAACGGGCUCCACGUGCUCACUCUGAGGCCCACGCCCUGCCCGGACGUGUCCAGCUGCCAGGGCAUCCUCAGGAAAACCGGCUGCUGUUACUCCUGUGAGGAAGUGGACAAGUGCCAAGUCCACGUCAACAGAACCAUCCUGACACACCAGGACUGUGCCACCCGGGCCCCGGUCAACCUCACGUUCUGUGGGGGCUUAUGCCCCGGAGUGUCCAAGUACUCCAUGGAGGCCCAGGCUAUGGAGCACCAGUGUACCUGCUGCCAGGACGCAGAGGUUCAUGAGGAGGUGGUGACCAUGCAGUGUCCUGACGGGACCGCCAUCCAGCGCACCUACACCCACGUGGACAAGUGCAGGUGUACCUCAUCCUGCGCCCGCUCGCCCGAGGCUCCUGAGGACAGCACCCCCAUCUUCCUGACCUAG